AUGCAUCUCUCAACUAUCGUCCCCUUGCUUUCCCUUAGCACUCUCGCCCUCUCUCAACCCACAGUCCACGACAGCCACCUCGCCCACCUAGACCCAAGGAAUAACAUCCCCUACGGCGCCUUCCCAACCCCAUCAAGUAUCGGUCCAAUGGUCCCCACUAGCACCCCACCAUCCACGCGCCCAAGAUUAGGCCACGCCAUUGUGCAAAACAACUGCGAUUUCCCUGUCUACCUCUGGUCCGUUGCAUCAACCGUUCAGCCCGUGCGCACUCUCCUCCCAAACGACGAUUACAGCGAGCUUUUCCGCAAGAAUCCAGAUACCGGUGGUAUCGCGAUCAAGAUCAGCACCGAUCGCAACGGGCUGUAUAACAGUUCUCCGCAGAUGGUCUUUGCGUACAACCUUUCGUUUUCCCAGGAGGGCGGCCGGAACGAGGAGAGGGUGUGGUACGAUCUCUCCGAUGUCUAUGGGGAUCCGUUUGUUGGAUAUCCUGUUGAUCUCACCCCAUCUGAGCCGUUGAUUUCAUGGAAGGACGGUGUGCCCCCUGCUGGGAGCCAGGUUCGAGUUAUUGCUUCCUCGACGGAUUUGGUCUUGUCGCUUUGUUAA